AUGGAGGUCGCGUCAGAGCAAGAGGCCGAUUAUCAAGUUGUCUCCCAAGACAGUGUUCCUGCCCCAGCAGCGAAAGCAGGCACAACUCGGCAAACAGAGCUCAACACGGUUCAGAAAUGGCUGCAACCAACAGACUAUAAUUCUCCCGGCAACGAGUACAUGAAACAUUUACACUCUUAUGUUCCAGGUACCGGGUCCUGGGUUCGGGAAUCUCCCACUUACAGCACCUGGGCUGAGUCACGACCACACAGCGAAGAUCAACAUGGGAUUUUACAUGUCAGAGGAGUUGCUGGCAGCGGCAAGUCAGUCCUCGCUGCCAGCAUCAUAUCCCAGCUUCAGGAGGAACAACCAAACACCCCUGUGCUUUUCUUCUUCUUCAGACAGAUUGUCGAGAAAAAUCACAGUGCAAAGUACCUUGUCCGAGACUUUGCUUCCCAGCUUCUACCGCACAACCAAUCUCUUGUCUCGAAACUAUAUCCCAUGUCCCAAAAACGGGGUGUAGAUGGGACAGAAUUCAGCUCUUUGUGGGAUGCCAUACUGCAAGCACUCGAAAGUAUGCCGCGCGUCUACUGUGUUGUGGACGCGUUGGAUGAGAUGGAUGAUGGGGAUCUCGACUUCAUUCAUCAACUUGUCCGCCUCGGGGCUCUUGAUCCCGGCCGAGUCAAGCUACUUUUGACAAGCCGUCCUAUUUCUAAGAUCGAGGAAGCGCUCAGAGAUCCGCAUGUCCUGCGUUUCAAAUUGGAGACAUCUCUAAUUGAUCCGGAUAUCGAAAAGUACGUCCGUGUGAGCCUUGUUUCCCUCUAUCCAUCGCUAAGACCAGAGACGGAAGAUAUGGUGAGGAAAACCAUUUGCAAAUGUGCCCAGGGCCUAUUCUUACACGCGCGACUGGUGACUAAUAACUUGACGAAUGGUCUCAAAGACGGGCGGAUCACUGAGGAGAUGCUUCCAGAGUGUCUGGAAAGGUUGCCUCAAAAUUUGAAGGAUGUUUACGAACAAAUGUUGGCAGAUCACGCGCUGAGAAGCGGUGUCGGCACAACGCAACAGGCUCAUAUUCUCAUGUGUGUGACUCAUUCUUCUCGGCCCUUGCGACUGAUUGAACUGGGUUCCUUGGUCUCUAGCUUCAUGGAAUUGGACAAUCUCAAGAAGGGCAAGGAUCUGGUACGAGCGAGCUGUGGACCAUUGCUCGAGAUAUUGGAAGAUCAGACUGUGAGCGUCAUCCACCAUUCGUUCACAGAGUUCCUUCGCGACGGAUCCCGACAGCAAACUCCUGCUUCAUUCCCGGUCUUAAACUCUCGGCAUGCACAUAGCAUGCUGGCAAUACUGUCCCUCCAAUAUCUGGAUCGUUGUCCAUUGCUAGAUACCAAUACAGGCGCGCCGGCUGACUCUUUUCAUGAUUGGUACGAAGACAGCAGAAAAGAAAAGACACGCCGCCAUCAAGUGCUACAAGACAUGAAACUUGCUAUACCACUUUUGAGCUACUCAGUGGAGAAUCUUAAGUAUCAUCUUGAUAAUGCAGGGCCGGGGGAUAUUCAGCUCUUGGGUACAAUUUCUACGUGCCUCGCUCCUGGGAAACCUGCUUUCGCGCUCUGGAUGUAUCACAAUUGGCCAGCCCGCUUCUGCAACUCCUCCACAACGAUUCAUCUGGCAGCUUUUGGAGAUAUGCCGUUGUAUGUAAUUGAGCACUUGGGGCCAAACGACACAAAGGAUGGAGACGGCCGGACACCUCUUUCCUAUGCCGCGGAGAAGAACGCGGCAAAGACAGUCAAUUUUUUCCUGAGCCACGGCGCUGACCCAAAGUCAUAUUGUCGAUGGGGAUUGACUCCGCUUCACUACGCGAUCCGGGAUGGAGCCAUCGAGACUGUCCAGCUAUUAUUAGAGGCGGGUGCCAGUCCACUCGUCCCGACGAUCGCGCCGGAUCCGCAUGACGGAUAUUAUGGUCGUGAUGAUGAUGAAGAUGAUAGUGUUGGCGGCACUCCUUUAGAAUAUGCCUUCACUGGCAACCAUGAGGCUAUCAUCGAAUGCUUCAUGCCGCUGAUUACCCCCGAUUACGCAAACAAAUGCCUCCACUGGGCUCGGGGAACUAAGAGCAUCGAAGCCGUCUUGAAGGCCGGACAUGCUAAUGUUGAUUGCUUCGCAGGCGGCUCUACUAAGCUAUUCAAGUCAACCACUGAUUAUGACUUUGAAACCAUGAAAGUGUUGAUUCAGCAUGGUGCUGAUGUGAAUAAACGGUGCCUUGGGAACUCGUACGAGAAUGAGGACAUUAUCAGUCUCGAAGUUGAUAACCCCCGAGGCCCAAUGCCCAUACAUGCUUUCGCCGGUUACGGAAAGCUAUCCGCUCGUGGGUGUAGCGAUCUAGAGCUUGCGGAAAAGUGUCUCCGCCUUCUUCUUGAUAAUGGUGCCGACGUCAAUGCAACAACUGAUGGAGAAAAACACACAUACCGUGGUCAAAAUGGGAACUUUACACCAUUGUUCUACGCCGUAAAAAAGGACAUAUCCGGUUAUUGGUUCGGUGCCAACGACAGAACCGGGGACAAGUGUGCUUCCCUGCUUCUCAAGGCCGGUGCUGAUCCCAACGCCAGAACAACUUGCGGAUGUACUCCCAUGCACGGCGCAAACCCUGAGUGUCUUUCCCUAUUUGAUCUUCUUGUUUCCUACUCGGCCGAUGUCAAUGCAAAAAAUUCGAUGGGUAGAACACCACUCCUGAACUUGAUUCAACAGUAUCAGGUCAAGCCAGACGUCAAAGUAUUCGAGAAGCUUAUUGAGUGUGGUGCCGACGUCAACACUUCUGACAACCUCGGAGAUACCAUUUUUCAUAUGAUCCUUGGCAAUUUGUCAAAGUUUGAGAUGACCGAUCUUCCUUUCUUUGAGCUCCUGCUCCGCUCGGGCGCUGAUAUAAACAAGCCAAAUAACGCAGGAAAUCCGCCCUUGUUCAAGUACGUUCUGCCAGACGAAUCCUGGUCUACCCGUAGGCGGAAAGGUGAUGAUGAGCCGCUGCUUCGAGCACUUGUGGAAGCUGGCUCCGACUUUCGGACAUACAAUGGCCAGGGGGAGACCUUUCUGAGUGCUCUCAUCUCCCAACAUCGCAGCGCGAUCAAGUCGGCCCAUGUCGAGAAGUUCAUCCGCCUAGGUGCAGAUCUUACGGCGCGGAAUGUUGAUGGAUCGACACUACUACACGUCGCAGUCAGAUCAAAACUCUCUAUCGCUUGGAUUGAUUAUUUCUUGUCAAAAGGCGUCGAUCCUUUAGCCACAGACGAAAACGGGAGAACACUCAUCCACGUUGCUGUUCAACAUCACAAAGCUGACGCAGACGGUCGAACCACUGUCGAAAGGUUAAUUGAGCUUGGCGUCUCCCGGGGAGCCAAAGAUGGUUUUGGGAGUACAUCUCUGCACCUGACAAGUGAGAAUGCUCACAGGGAAAGGGGAACGCCCCGAGAAGAUGAAUCCGAUUGGGUGGACGCCAUCCUCAAGACCGGGAUAUUAGGAGCCCAAGAUGUCAAUGAUCGUGAUAACAGUGGUGCAACUGCUCUUCACAAUGCCGCAAACGCUUGCGAGUUCACUGUCGCCAAGCUACUUGAAGCAGAAGCAGAUCCCACAGCUCUAACGUUUGAAGGUCUCUCCCCACUUCACAUUGCCUGUCGCGGUGGUCAACCAAACGUUGUUGGACUGCUCCUGGCUACAUAUAAGGAACGUGGCGAACUUGGGCAGAUGAUCAAUCUACACGAUGCGCUUGGAGAGAGAACAAGUCUGCAUCAUGCGGCUCGAACGGGAAUCUAUGAGAGUGUUUCUUAUCUACUGAGCAAUGGUGCUGAAAUUGCUUCGCUUGACAAGAAUGGCUUCACUGCACUGCAUGCCCUAAUCGAGGCGCCGUUGAAUUCUCCAUGGCUGGAAACUCUUAAACUACUUCUACAGUUUGGAGCAGAUCUAAGUACAAAGGCGUGGUUUGAGCAGAACAGUGUCACAGCUCUCGACUUGGCGGUCAAAAAUGGACAUGAGGCCAUGGUACAAGCUCUUGUUCAACACGGCGCUACGUCUCAAGGCAGUAUACAUGACCAGUCUCCGAAGCCUGCGAUAUCAACCGAGACUCUUCAUGACCUUCUUGAGUCCAGAAAUUCUCCAGAUAUGGUCAGAAAAGUUGGGAAGGUUCUCGACACCAACGACUACGCGACCAUCAAAGAGUUUGUCAGGCUUGGUGGGAACUUGAUGAAAACCGAUCAGUAUAGGAACACGACUAUUCUUCACGAGAUGGUAGACCGAGGCAAUAUCUGCUUGCUCAACUAUUUUCGUGACGAAGCAUCGAAAGUUGACCAGUCCCCUUGGAUGAUGGAGGAAGACAAUCCGGGAACUUUGCUUGCCAAAGCUUGUGAACGUGGUUUGCCAGGUCUUGACAUCAUCAAAUGUCUUGUUGAGAACAUUGGCUUGGAUCCAAACAUGCCUUCCCAUCGCCGAGGCUAUACCUAUAAACUAGCCAAGGCCACACCUCUACACAUAGUUGCUUGUGGAAGACAUUUCUGGCAUGUGGACGCGGUUACGUACCUGUUAUCUCAAGGUGCAGAUAUAGAGGCCAAGAACAAGGAUGGGCAGACGCCACUCCUUUGUGCCAUUAGUACACAACAUCCGAACGGAUUUUGGAAGGAACGAACGAUCAAACGGCUAUUGGAUCACGGUGCAGAUCCAAAUUUCAUUACCGAGAGCGGAGCAUCGUGUCUGUCGGAGGCUGAUAGUGCAGAGGUACUGAAACUGUUACUCGAGCAUGGCGCAGAUAUCUUAGCAACCCCUGGAGUCAUGGAGUUUGCAUUGAAAAAGAUGGAUACCGAUAUGGUCGCAGUUCUUCUCAAUGCCGGCGCUAAUCCGAAUUACCGUGAUUCCCCUGAUGGCAGCUAUACAGAGGACAAAGCCUCCUCACAAUAUCCCCUACACCAUGCUGCUCGCCCCGCUACCAAUGAAAUUCUUCCAUUUGACUGGGAUUUCCGGAAACAGAAAAUUACUGAGACUCUGCUCCAGGGCGGUGCGGACCCAUACGCAUCUUAUUCCGACCAUAGCUACGUGCUUCAGGUCAUCGUAGAAGAGAACGGCUUCUUAGAUCCAUUCUUCAAAAUGGGUAGCCUCGAUGUUGAGAAAAGAGGACGUCAUGGACGAACAUUACUCUUGUCCGCCUGUGUCGUUCUUAAGAAGCCCCAUCGGGAAGUCUGGAAUGGGCGUCUCAAGAAAGAAUUUCCACCAACAGCAAACCCCAAAGCAGUGCUCGCAUUGCUCGCACGUGGUGCAAUUGCAGAUGUCACAGACGAUGAAGAAAGAACACCACUUCACUGUCUCUGUACCAUGACACACCCGUACGAUGAAGAUCACCAACAAGCUUUCGAUGCUCUCGUAUCCAGCGCUCCUUCGACGAUCCACGCGGUCGACAAUGCCGGCUUCAAACCACUGCACCGCGCCAGCCAAUCCUGUCAGAGUUGGGCCAUACGGAGGCUGGUAGACCUCGGUGCAGAUUUGCUAGAGCCUGAUCCUAACGGAAACACGGCCCUGCAUUUCCUUGCGCCUAUGAUGGUUGGCGAGAAGGCAUCUGCGGCAGCAGCGCAAGCUCAGUUCAGACUCCUCCUCGCCCAGGGCCUAAGCAUCAACGCUCGUAAUAAUAAAGGCGAGACGCCUCUCUUCCCAACUAUAUCGGCCGAAUGGUCCGGAACUCAUCUAACUGGCACGUCUCAUCCGACGUACGCGCUGGAAAAUGACGUAUCCCCGAGCGACGUUCUGGAUCUGUACAUUGGUCGAGGCGCGGACAUCUUUACCGCUGACAACGAAGGUAAAACACUCCUCCAUGCUGCAGCAGGUAGGCGGAUUGAGGAACCAGAUUGGAACACGGAUCAAAUCAAGCAUAUGGAGAACGUGUUCAAGAAAUUGAUGGAUAUGGGGCUCGACCCGCGGCAAGAAGAUGUCCAGAUGAGAACGGCAAUCGACAUGGCUGUUGCGAGAGGGCGGACAGGCAUCGUGGACUUUUUUGCGGAGAAGUAA